GUCAGUAGCCUCUCUGCUCUCCUCCCUACUGUAACCUGUCUCUCAUGGAGGCAGAGCCCUGACACACACUAAGGAGCUGUGGAACGGUGUGGAGGAAAGAAAACAGGGCACCACAUCUGAUUGGAUGGUUUAGUCAGAAUGACAGCCGAAGAUCCCGCCUCCUCCUCUUCAGCCAUGAGUAAUAACCCAGCGCCUUCCGGUUCCAACCCCCCAGGCCCUUCCCAUCACUCCCCGCAUGGACCAAUCACAGUGCCCGAGGGUGUGUCCGGGGCCCACAACGAAGCAGCCCUAGUGUCUCUGAUGGAGCGUACGGGGUACGGCAUGGUGCAGGAGAACGGUCAGAGGAAAUACGGCCCCCCGCCGGGCUGGGAAUCCGCCUCCCCGCCACGCGGCUGUGAGAUCUUCGUGGGUAAGAUCCCCCGGGACGUCUACGAAGACGAGCUGGUCCCGGUGUUCGAGUCGGCGGGUCAGAUCUACGAGAUGCGUCUGAUGAUGGACUUUGAUGGGAAGAACCGCGGCUAUGCCUUCGUCAUGUACACACAGAAACACCAGGCUAAACGCGCCGUGCGGGAGCUCAACAACUAUGAGGUGCGUCCCGGACGCCUCCUAGGGGUCUGCUGCUCUGUGGACAACUGUCGCCUCUUCAUCGGGGGCAUCCCCAAAACCAAGAAGAGAGAGGAGAUCCUGGAGGAGGUGUCCAAGGUGACUGAGGGCGUCCUGGACGUCAUAGUGUACGCCAGCGCGGCGGACAAGAUGAAGAACCGGGGCUUUGCCUUCGUGGAGUAUGAGAGUCACCGUGCCGCGGCCAUGGCGCGCAGGAAGCUGAUGCCCGGCAGAAUCCAGCUGUGGGGGCACCAGAUCGCCGUGGACUGGGCGGAGCCGGAGAUAGACGUGGACGAGGACGUCAUGGAGACCGUGAAGAUUCUAUACGUCAGGAACCUGAUGAUGGAGACCAGCGAGGACACACUGAGACAGGUGUUUGGCCAGUGGAACCAGGGCUGCGUGGAACGUGUCAAGAAGAUCCGCGACUACGCCUUUGUCCACUUCUCGUCCCGUGACGAUGCCGUGGUUGCCAUGGACCACCUGAACGGGACGGAGGUGGAGGGGUCCUGUAUCGAGGUCACCCUGGCUAAGCCUGUCGACAAGGAGCAGUACACGCGUUACCAGAAGGCAUCUAAAGGGGGCGCUACAGCGGCCGCGGCCGUGGCAGCUCCGGAACCAGUCCAGCAGAACUACGUGUACCAGUGUGACCCCUACACCCUCACCUACUAUGGGUACCCUUACAACACGCUGAUCGGACCCAACAGGGACUACUUCAUCAAAGGAGGCCCAAUGAUACAGACCAAUGCAGGUGCUGUGCGAGGUCGUGGCCGAGCGACGGCAGGUAGCCGUGCCCCCGGCCCCCGGGGGUCAUACCUGGGUGGUUACUCUGCUGGGCGGGGUAUCUACAGCCGGUACCAUGAAGGCAAAGCCAAGGGCCCCGACAACAAGGCCUACGAGCUGGUACCGUCUAUGGAGCUGACUGCCUCAGUCAACCCGUUGGGUAUCAAGCCUUGCACAAUGGGCCUGCAGGCUCUAGGAGGCCAGUAACCGGUGUUCCAGGGAGCCAAGCUGAUGGAGGAAGGGAAGAUGCAUCACUCUGUGGAACACCUCAUUAACCCCCUGGCCCUGCAGCACGACCACACAGCCCAGAACACACAGACUGUUAUACCUGCUGUCUCCUCCCCUCCACCCUACCAGGGUCGUCCCAUCACACCAGUGUACACCAUGACCCACAACAUGCAGCGUAUCCCCACGGCCAGUGGUCUGUACGGAGCAGGCUAUAUGCCCAUCACCAACUACAACGCUGCUGCCCUGGCAGCCCUGCAGAAGAACGCAGCCGUGGCGGCUGCAGCCUACGGAGGGUACGCGGGUUACGCCGUGCCCCAGGCCUUCCCUGCCGCAGCAUUUCAGGUGCCCAUCCACGACGUCUACCAGACCUACUGACAACAUCUACCAGACCUACAGCUACCAGCUACCAGACCUACUGACAACAUCUACCAGACCUACUGACAACAUCUACCAGACCUACUGACAACAGCUACCAGACCUACUGACAACAUCUACCAGACCUACUGACAACAGCUACCAGACCUACUGACAACAUCUACCAGACCUACUGACAACAGAUACCAGCUACCAGACCUACUGACAACAGAUACCAGACCUACUGACAACAGCUACCAGCUACCAGCUGUCUGGUCCACAACGCCUGUUCAACCACCACUCAACGUUCAAACAACUUGUGUGUCAGGAACUACAGACGACCUACAGAAGACCUCAUCCCCACAUAUCACCUCCCCCCCCCGUUCAAAUAACGACACGUCAACUCAAUUUCUUCAACAGCAACGUCUACAAUGUCAAAAAAACUAACUAAAUGGACCCUUUAACACAAACUCUACUCUGCGUCGGUUCUUCAACGUCAGCCCAACAUCUAGGCUACGUUAUGACGUGCGCCAAACCUUCGACGUUUUAACAACGUCCUACUGACAGGUUCACAUUGGUCCUAGUGAAUACUGGACCAGACGUUCCCCCAACGUUCACACAACAUUCACACAAUAUAUUCUAUGAAUAGAAUAGAGCCUAUAUCGCUCAUAUUCAAAUCUGGAGAGUUCCUCUGCUUUGUUUCAUUGUUCCCCUCUAAUCAGGGCCUGGUUUAGACCUGGGUCACCAGUCAUUGUUCUCCUCUGAUCAGGGCCUGAUUUAGACCUGGGACACCAGUCAUUGUUCUCCUCUGAUCAGGGCCUGAUUUAGACCUGAGACACCAGGUGGGUUAUUCCCCUCUAAUCAGGGCCUGAUUUAGACCUGAGACACCAGUCAUUGUUCCCCUCUAAUCAGGGCCUGAUUUAGACCUGGGACACCAGUCAUUGUUCCCCUCUAAUCAGGGCCUGAUUUAGACCUGGGACACCAGUCAUUGUUACCCUCUAAUCAGGGCCUGAUUUAGACCUGGAACACCAGGUGGGUACCAUUAAUGACCAGGUAGAGGAGAAAAACAGCAUUAGUCCAGACCUGGUAGGUAUCCCAGGAAUCCCCAGGGUCUCUAAUCAUCCACUUCCAUCAGAACCAUUGAUGUAUAGCAGACUGUGUAGAAGAAAACAUAUAAGACCCAAUGAAGGAGAUGUGGUCUGGUCAUGGGUUGAAGUGCUCACCUUUAGCUUUACACUCAACAUCACCCCACCCCCACCUUCUAUGACAUCACUUCAUCACCCUGACAACGAACCCCCCCCCCCUCACCUUCUAUGACAUCACUGCAUCACCCUGACAACGAACCCCCCCUCACCUUCUAUGACAUCACUUCAUCACCCUGACAACGGACCCACCCCUCACCUUCUAUGACAUCACUGCAUCACCCAGACAACUGACCCCCCCCCCCCCCCCCCCCCCCCCCCCCCCACCCUCUCCUCCCUGUUGCCUGGGCAACAAGAACAUUGAAGGUACACUGAAGUAUUUCCGAAGAGGUUUUAUGUUUCUGUUGUUUCUGUUUUCUGAAAUAGAAAAAGAAAGAUAACAUUUUACUUUGUUUUUUCGAACUUUAGUUAACGUUUAAAAACAACACAAAUAUAACAAAAAUAUAAACUAAAAUGAGAAGAAAAAAAAUACUACAGAAACUACUGAAGACUUUUAUUUUAAUUUUCUGAAUUUAUUAUUAAAAGGAGUUUGUAUUUUAGGUUGUUUUCAUUAAUCCAUUCAUGCUGUUAGCUUCAUAGAUGAGUUUGCUUGUUGUUGGGGGUAUCUAUUAGUUUUCAGAUACUGUAAUACUGGGUAUCAUUUAAAAACGUGUAUUUUUUAUGGGUGUUUUAGAUAUGUUUCUGUUCUGGAACCUGGGCCUGUCACUUCACUGUCUCCUCCAGCAGACUAAGACUGAAUUGUUUUAUUUUAUCAUGUUGUUGUUGUUGUUGUUGUUGUUCUGUACUUUAUUCUAAUUGUUUGUAAUUGCUUGAUUCUCACAUGGUGAACAAAUAUGGACAAAGGCGUUUAUUAUUUUGUAUUGCUCUGCCCUUAACACUCUCUAGCGCUAGCAUAUGCUACAUACGCUAAGCUAACUGCUAAACUAGCAUAUGCUACGUACGCUAAGCUAACUGCUAAACUAGCAUAUGCUACGUACGCUAAGCUAACUGCUAAACUAGCAUAUGCUACGUACGCUAAGCUAACUGCUAAACUAGCAUAUGCUACGUGCGCUAAGCUAACUGCUAAACUAGCAUAUGCUACGUACGCUAAGCUAACUGCUAAACUAGCAUAUGCUACGUACGCUAAGCUAACUGCUAAACUAGCAUAUGCUACGUACGCUAAGCAAACUGCUAAACUAGCAUAUGCUACGCGCUAAGCUUACCGAAACACCCUGUUAGCUUUAUGCUAAGCUUACCGAAACACCCUGUUAGCUUUAUGCUAAGCUAGCAGCAUCACACUCCGCUGAGCUUCAACCCACUGUAAAGCCUUUCUACUGCAGUGCCUUUCUACUAGAGAUCUGUGUCUCUCUGGGUUCGACUAUUGUGCCUUUCCACUAGCCGAUCUUAUGAUCUCUGAGCUCAACUGCAGUGCCUGUUGAAUAUGUUUUACUCUGUACACUACACUAGCAUUUCACAGAAUACUACAUGCCCAAUAGACUGCUUCAAUCUCAGCGGUAGCUGGUCGUUGGAACAGAGACUAUGGUCAGGAUUUAAUCCCAAACCGCUUGAAGUUUAGAGGUAAUUUCCAAUUAGGCAGCAGCAUCGUCGACAAGCCGCGAUCAGAUUGAAUCCCUGCCGAUACCUCUCUGGUCCUGGAUCUCUUUGGGUUUCAUACCAACCCGAACACAAACCUAGUAUUCUCUCUCUCUCUCUCUCGCUGAUUUCUAAAAGGCAACAGAUUUCCCUGUAAAAGAUAUGAAGGUAUUUUUUAAUACAUAAUACACCAAC